GCGACCGCGAGUUAUGGUCGUUCGAUUAAUAGUGCUGCGAAUGACAACUACGCAAGAAGAUAAUCAAAUACGCUGUAAAUACGAAAAACAUGCAACGCUGCCGGACACGGCGGCGCGUUAGUACGCCUUUCUUUUAAUGAUAUGAUUUAUUAUGUAAAAAUGAGAGUGAUAGGAAAAUUUUCAAGUAUCUACGUGUAGAUAAAGAUGAAUCGCUAUAUAACUUUGAACCAAUUGGGUGAUGGAACUUUCGGUUCCGUCGUUCUUGGAGAACGUAUUGACACAGGCGAAAAAGUCGCUAUUAAGAGAAUGAAGAGAAAGUAUUAUUCAUGGGAAGAAGCUAUGAAUCUGAGAGAAGUAAAGUCAUUAAAAAAGCUCAGUCAUGCUAAUGUUGUAAAACUUAAAGAAGUUAUACGGGAGAACGACGUGUUGUAUUUCGUAUUUGAAUACAUGAAAGAAAACCUCUAUCAAUUAAUGAAGGAUAGAGACAAACUUUUUCCUGAGCCAGUAAUAAGGAAUAUGGUAUAUCAAGUGUUGCAAGGCCUUGCAUUUAUGCAUAAACAUGGUUUCUUUCAUCGCGAUAUGAAACCAGAAAAUUUGUUAUGUAUGGGGCCCGAAUUAGUAAAGAUCGCUGAUUUCGGACUAGCGAGAGAGAUCCGAUCAAGACCUCCGUAUACGGACUAUGUAUCGACGAGAUGGUAUCGAGCACCGGAAGUGUUGCUACACUCUACGACCUACAACAGUCCGAUUGAUAUUUGGGCGGUCGGUUGUAUAAUGGCCGAGUUGUAUACAUUUAGGCCCUUGUUUCCUGGUAAAAGCGAAAUAGAUGAAAUAUUCAAAAUAUGUUCCGUGAUCGGAACACCCGACAAAGAAGAUUGGUCGGAGGGAUACCAAUUGGCUGCAGCCAUGAAUUUUAAAUUCCCAAAUUUUACGCGUACAUCACUGGCCAUUUUAAUACCAAAUGCCAGUGAAGAGGCGGUCAUACUCAUGGAAGAUAUGUUACAGUGGAAUCCUAUAAAGAGACCAACAGCACAACAAUCGCUCAGGUAUCCGUAUUUUCAAGUUGGUGAUCCGCGUAUCAUUAAUAGCAAGAAGAUUGGUGUCGUAUCUCAACGAGAAAUCGCUAUGAAUAAAAUAAAUCUUCCACCGCCUACGCCUAAGCAAUACAAUUAUCCUCAGAAAAAUCUCGUUAAUAAUUUAGUUGAAUCGAGAGCGCCUGAAAAAAUGAUCGUUGAAUCGCAACAACAAACGGCAGCCUUGCCAUUAUUGAAUUACAAUAAUUGUAAGCGCGACAGUAACGCUUUCAAAUGGGACGAAGAUUUUACUGAUCUUUUGGGGAGCAAAAUCAUCCCAGAAGAUUCGAGCGCGAUGCUUGUCCCCGACCGAAUAUAUAAGGAAAAUCGUUCCAAUUGGAACGCUAAUUAUCAGCAGCCUGAUAACUUAAAGCAUGGCAAUGUAAAUUGGUCGCUACCAGUGUGGAAAGAAUCGCCAUCGAGAAUGUGGAAUCAAUCGAAUCAGAUGAAAAAUUUACGCAAGGUUUCAGCGAAACAACACUACCUCAGUGUGGCUCGGUACGUCGCAGGCCAGAGCACAAAUUUGCCACCCAGAAAUGGAGAUUCCGAUAUCAACCAAUCGAAACUGCUAUUGAAUGGACUCAUCAGUCAGGCAACAUCUAACAAAUUUGAGGGCUUUACCGAGUCCUUCUGGGGGCCUAGGAAUAAUAUCGAGAAUCAAACGAGACAACAUUAUCUCGCGCGAAAUCGUUAUAUUACCGAGCAAGGCUUAAGAUUAUCUUAUCCCAGUGUAUACGGUACCCAAAGUAUCAAGACUACCAAUAAACCUACGUUUCAACCGAACUUAUUUGGAAAUGUUCUCGAUACCAAAGCCAGCGGUGGACCUCAUGGCCGAACGGACUGGGCAGCGAAAUACUUAAAAUGACCAUUAUAGAAAAAUUCAUUCCUCUUUUUACAUUGAUCAUGGUGGCUCUUUGUUAAGGCGAAUAUUAACUGUGAUAGAACGAUGUACGUUGUCGUUCCAUUGUAACAGAGAUGCAAAUUGCAAGAAUGCAUUUUUUCUAUGAUUUUACAAAAGAAAAAUCACGCUUAAUUGUUUAAUCAGAUAGAACACAAUAUUUCGAGAUGGAGAGUAAGUGUAAGAUUGUCGCAGUGUUAUCGCAUUUUUGCAUUUUGAUACAAGUUGAGAAGUUUGUUAUAUAGAUUGCUGUGGUAGUUAAUUAUAUAAAAAAGUUUUUUAUUUUUUUGAGAAAUAAAUAAUUUGGCGCGCGCGCGCACACACACUGA